AUGGAAAAAGAUGCUAAAAACUUUGUAAUGAGAUGCCAAUCCUGCCAGAAGUUUGGGAACUUGAUACAUACACCGGCGGUUGAGCUGCACAACAUUAAGACCCAUUACCUGUUCCAUACUUGGGCAUUUGACAGCGCAACAAUCGAAAGGCCACAGAUUGCAGCGACUGAAGUUAGUACCAAGUGGGUGGAGGCUAUACCGAUAAGGAAGGCAGAUGGGGCAAGAGUAGCCAACUUCAUCAGAGAAAGCAUAAUCUGUAGGUUUGGCAUACCAAAAGUAAUGCUGUCCGACAAUGGAACUCCCUUUGUAAAUCGUCAUGUGGGAAGACUUUUGAACGCCUACCAGAUCAAGCAGCACAAAUCAAGUCCAUACUACCCCCAAGGGAGUGGACAAGCUGAGGCGACCAACAAAACCAUCAUCCGAAUAUUGAGUAAAAUGAUGGAUGAGGCAGGGGGCACUUGGUCUGAACGACUCCCCGUAAUCUCUGGGCGUAUAGAACGUCAAAGAGAAAGCUAA